UAAUUGAUCUAAUUAAAUAUUCAUUGUUUGAAAAUGGUGAGUUUAGUUUUAAAUUUUUGCAUGUUUGAUGAUUUAUUUAAGGUAGUGAGGCUGCAGUGUAAGACUGGACGUUUCAUUUUGUCCAAUAUAAAGUCCUCCACUACACUGAGGGACCUGCAGGCUGCCAUUAAAGAUAAAACAAAUGUACCACCUGAGCAACAAAAAAUAUUGCACAGUUAUCCUCCGAAAGAGAUUGAGUCAUAUGACAGCAAGUUAACAAUGGCUGACAUUGGCAUCAAGGAUGGAGACACUGUCACUCUGCAAGAGCUUCAGCAACCAAGAGGACACCGACCAAGAAAACAGCGACAACCAGUUGCUCAGUUAGAAGCAGAUAAAGAUGUAUUAAUUACUGGAGAGAGUAAAGUUAUUAGUGAUAACACAUCAUCAGGUCCACAAUCAUCAUCAUCUUCAUCAUCAUCAGUAUCUACAGCAAUAGGAGAACUGAGACGAAAAGUUGUCCCGGCAGACAAUUCCUGUCUUUUUGCAAGUGUAAA